GGGGCGGGGCCGACGGGCUCGGGUGCCGCGUGGCGGGCGCGGCUCCGCGGCUCCCGGGCGUCCCGCGCGGUCGGUGGUUGCCCCUGCAGGGCCGGUGCCCGCCGGGAGGGCUGUGGGCGGCGCCUCCGACAACAUGAGCGUGGGCUUCAUCGGAGCUGGUCAGCUGGCCUUUGCCUUGGCCAGGGGCUUCACGGCAGCAGGCAUCCUGGCUGCCCACAAGAUCACCGCCAGCUCACCAGACAUGGACCUGGCCACGGUUUCUGCCCUCAGGAAGAUGGGAGUGAACCUGACUCCCCACAACAAGGAGACUGUGCGGCACAGUGACGUGCUCUUCCUGGCCGUCAAGCCGCACAUCAUCCCCUUUAUCCUGGACGAGAUCGGUGCCGACAUGGAGGGUCGGCACAUCGUGGUGUCCUGUGCCGCUGGGGUCACCAUCAGCUCCAUCGAGAAGAAACUGAUGGCAUUCCAGCCGGCCCCCAAAGUUAUCCGCUGCAUGACCAAUACCCCGGUUGUGGUGCGGGAGGGGGCCACUGUGUAUGCCACGGGCACCCACGCCCAGGUGGAGGAUGGCCGGCUCCUGGAGCAGCUGAUGGGUAGCGUGGGCUUCUGCACGGAGGUGGAGGAGGACCUGAUCGAUGCCGUCACCGGGCUCAGCGGCAGCGGCCCAGCCUAUGCAUUCACAGCCCUGGAGGCCCUGGCAGAUGGGGGUGUGAAGAUGGGGCUGCCCCGGCGCUUGGCAGUCCGCCUCGGAGCCCAGGCUCUGCUGGGGGCCUCCAAGAUGCUGCUGGACUCGGAACAGCACCCAGGCCAGCUGAGGGACAACGUCUGCUCUCCCGGCGGGGCCACCAUCCACGCCUUGCACGUCCUGGAGAGCGGGGGCUUCCGCUCCCUCCUCAUCAACGCUGUGGAGGCCUCCUGCGUCCGCACACGGGAGCUGCAGUCCGUGGCCGACCAGGAGAAGGUCUCGCCAGCCUCCAUCAAAAAGACCGUCCUGGACAAGGUGAAGCUGGAGUCCUGUGUGGGGCACUCCCAGAGCCCUUCUGGCCACUCCACGCCGUUCCCCCAAAGCCUGGCCCCAGCGGGCAAGGAGAGCUGAGGUGGCCAGCACGCUCACCAGGCUGCUCUCCGCCUCCUCCUCCCUGCUGGGCUUGGCGCCCCUGUGCUGGCUGUCUUUAGCCCCAGGCCACACAGGGUGUCCCCACA